AUGUCUACGAAACUAAUCUUGGUCUUUGUACUGCAAAUAACAGCAUUUGCUGAAGAGAAGCCAUUUCUUGACUUUAGGAAAGUUAUCCGGGGAGCUUUGGAUGUAAUAGCUGCGGUGCCAAGUACAUCAUCUGUGAAUCAUUCGGAGGAUAAUCUUGAAGUUCGAAAUAGUAUUCAUAAAAUUGUUUCGGUAGAUGCAGAGAUGUUUAAUGACUCUGAUAUUUUCCAGCAAUUUGCAGCUCAAACUGAUUUCAUUAGCCAUCAGUCGAUGCAACCUCUUUAUUCGCGUUUUUGGAUGGAUACUUCACCGCGUGCAGCAAAUAUUGAUCCAGAUUAUAAUGCAGCGUUUGUUCAGGCUUUAUUCACAAAACUAACGUCGCACAUAUCAGGAUUUCGAAAUGGUUUAGAUCAUAUCGACUGCAGUCUGGCACUACCAUCUAAAGGUUUCGCAAAUCAAGGCGUACGGGAACAAAAUCUUCUUCCAAAAAUGGACCAGCAGCCUAGCAUUCAAACAGAACAACAAGCUCAAAUUUUCCAGCCUAUAAUUAGAAGUGGCGACUUAUAUUAUCAACCAACAGGAGUGUCGUCUGAAACAUUACAACCAAAGAUCAUCAGUUACCGUGGUCAACUUUAUAUGAUGGUAUCAAAUCAGGAUAAAAUUCAAUCUGAGAUCCAGGAUAAAAAUGAAAGCAUGGAAGUCAAAAAUAAAAAUCAUCAAAUGCGAAAAAUUCUGACUCUUAGGCGAAAAAUGGCUGCUGAUCGAAAAAAAUUUGCGGAUCGGAAAAGAUUGCUAUCAUCCAUGAAACGGAGAGUACAUAAAGAAAUGGUUAGUUGA